AUGGAAAAAAAUAUACUUGACAGUCUUCUCGACCUGGAGCAGGAAUUCUACCAAGAGGGCUAUAAUUUGGGUGCGACUGAUGGUGCCCAGGCUGGUUACACCGAAGGAAGCGUAUUUGCCGUUGAAAAAGGCUUCGAAAAGUUUGUUGAAUUGGGAAGACUAUAUGGCAAAGCACUCGUCUGGGCCCAAAGACUCGCAGAUUCUGACUCCUCCCGGAAUUCGUCACAGGAGAGUGAUAAAACAGAUACCCGCAAGUCCCAGCAAUAUAAUGAGGAUGAUCUUCUCUUAGAACCAUUCGUAUGCAAGGAGAUGCUGCCGCUUCCCGCCAGUUCACGGCUGGCCAAAAACCUCGAGAUUCUACUCGAAUUAGUUGAUCCAGCUUCGUUGCCUAUGGAGAACACGGAAGAAGCUGUCACAGAUGUUGAUGAGCGUCUUAAGGGCGCUACAAUCAAGGCUAAGCUUAUCCAGCGAGCGCUUGGAGAACGGGAGGACGCUUCGGACAUCCAUCCUGACGUCAAGGAUGCCCAAGUAGCCGGAUCCAUUAUUCUUCUCAUGUUGCAGCGCUGUGGUGUCUUCCCCAGCAGCACUAUGGACCGACCCCGGCACCCUACCUGGCUCUCGGUCUUCAACCCUGGAAUGCGAAGCUCAUCGGAAGUUGCCAAUGACGAUGGCUAA